CCCAGAGCUGCAGAGAUGCUUUGAUUGGCCACCAGGAGGAGGUUGGGAAGAGCAAGCAUCCUUCACCACCCUCCAGCAAGAGCAUAAAGCCAGGCUCUGCUCCUUCAUCUCAAUGCAUCUGACAUUGGUCCAAGGAUUCUUCCAACCUAGAGCUUCCUCUUACCUGAGUGACAGGAGCUCCCAGGCCACCUUCUGCCAUGAGAAUCCUUUCUUUUCUCUUUGCUGUCCUCCUGGUGCUAUUUCAUGGAGCUGCAGGGCUGUCCCUUGCUCGAGGAUCACCCCAGGAGUGUGAGCGCCGGGGGGGGUUCUGCUCCCCUAGGUCCUGUCCUCCAGGGAUUGGCCGGGUUGGCAUCUGCUCUGAGCAUGAUUUCUGCUGCAGAAGCCGGUGGUAUCCGUGAUGGGCUCCUGGCUCUCCAGCCCUGAUGUCUGAGGAUCCCCCUGAGACCAGCCCACCCCCUCAUGGUGUGGUUGGGGUGAUGCUGAGCAGAGGGGACAAACACCACCAGGAGCAACUGCAACCCCAGAGAGCUGGAACCUGGUCCAGAGGAAUUCCUGACCCCACUGUCUCCAAUACAAGUUGUGGUUUGCA